GCCCCGCGCGCGGCGUUCCGGAAGUGACGUAGCACGCGGUGACCUUCAGAGGCGGCGGGCGGGUGUUGGGCCAGGCCGUGCCGCUCGGGGUUUCCUCCGGUUCCUUCUGCAUCACUCGGGGCUUUCUCUCGCUUCCCUGCGCUCCCCGCCACCAUGCCCAGGGGCAACCGCAGCCGCACGUCCCGCGUGCCGCCCCCCGCCAGCCGGUCACGCCCGGUGAGAGCCGCGUCUCCAUCACCGGCUCCUCGGGCCUCUGUCCCCGCAGCGGCUCCGCCUUCUGCCGUGGCGGCCCCAGCGCCGAAGCAGCCGGGGCUGAUGGCCCAGAUGGCCACAACUGCUGCCGGGGUGGCUGUGGGCUCGGCCGUGGGACACACCAUCGGCCAUGCCAUCACUGGAGGAUUUAGUGGAGGGGGCAGCUCCGAAGCUGCCAGGCCUGAUAUCACUUACCAGGAGCCCCAGGCUGCUGAGGCUGCCCAGCAGCAGCAGUAUGGUCCUUGCCAGUAUGAGAUUAAACAAUUCCUGGAGUGUGCCCAGAACCAGACUGACCUCAAGCUGUGCGAGGGCUUCAGUGAAGUGCUCAAGCAGUGCAGGGUUGCCAAUGGUUUGGCCUAAAUCUGCAUGAGGAGGCUGCUGAAGGUCAUCUUGCAAGAACUGACCUAUGAAUGAAAACAAAAAAAAGCUUCAGUAAUAAAGUUUAAAGCUGUCUGGUAUCUUGUUAGUCCAUAUAUUCACACUCUCAUCCCUGUGGCUUGACUCCUGCCAUAGCUGCCUCUGAUGUGAUCCAACUUCACAGCUGCAGUUUAAUUUAGCACAAAAUGGAAGAGUGAAUUAUAAAGCGGAAUGAGCUAAUGUGGGUUUAACUGGUUUUGCUGAUUGUUGCGUUGAAUGUAUGUAAUGUUGUCUAUAAAUAAACUCUCUAGAAACACCUUGA